AUUAGGCGCAGUACUCGGAUGAUAUACUGGCAUCACUACUGGUGGCUGCAAAGUCGCCGCGUGCGUGUCGUGACCUCUUUAAACUAGUGCCGAGGCACAUUCGCAAGGCGCUGGCCGAAGGGAUCUCAGGAGCUUGUCCACCGUUGUUUGAUGACAUGCCUGUGGAGGUGGCGCAGGUGAUCUUCCACCACAUGGAUGUCAAGUCGCUUGCCCGCCUGUCCGAAACUAGCAAACGGGUGUACCGUCUGGUCAGUGACGCAGAUGUGUGGCGCGCUCAGGCAGAGAAGUAUGGAUACACACUGCCCACGACCAUACCCGAGGGCAGCAACGGCAUGAAGCACACGGUCAUGAAGCUGUUUAGGGAGAACAAACUGGCUGAGAAAAACUGGCUGACCGGCAACUACAGAUGUACGCAGGUGCGUACAGAGAGUGCGGGGGUGUACUGUGUGCAGUACGACGACACAAAGAUAGUCAGCGGAUCACGCGACAGGAGAAUCCGCAUCUGGGACCCCACCCAAGAGCCACCGGGGCUGAUCAAGUCGCUGAAUGGGCAUUUAGGCUCGGUUCUUUGUCUUCAGUUUGAUCACGAGAAGAUUAUCAGUGGAUCCAGCGACACUAGUUUACGUGGGUGGGAUAUUCACACCGGCGCACUGCAGUGGGUGGUCGAGGCCCACGGCAUGUCCGUCCUCAACCUGCAAUUCGACGACACCACACUGGUCACCUGUUCAAAGGAUGCUAAAGUUAUUGUAUGGGACAUAAACGGACUCGCAAAACCUGUCAUCCGCUACACGCUCGAAGGCCAUGCAGCCCCUGUCAACGUAGUCAGGUUUGACUCGCGCUUUGUCGUAUCGGCGUCAGGCGACUCGACCGUCAAGGUGUGGGAUCUACACACAUCCAAGUUAGUGCGGACUAUGGAAGGACACACGCGCGGCAUUGCCUGCCUGUGCUUCCAGGGCAAUCUGGUGGUUACUGGAUCCUCGGAUGAGAGUAUAAAGCUGUGGGAUGUAACGACUGGCGAGUGCCUACGCACAUUCAACGGCCACACAGAUUUAGUUCGGUGCAUCUACAUGGACGGAAAUCGCAUCGUAAGCGGCGGAUAUGAUAA